AUGGCGCUAAAUUUUGGUCGUACCUCAUACAGCACUCCGCAGAUCGUAGAAUUAGAGAAAGAGUUUCGUACCAAUCGCUACCUCAAUAAGCAACGUCGCAAUGAACUUGCAACUUUGCUAGCUCUCAGUGAUCGCCAAAUUAAAAUUUGGUUCCAAAAUCGACGAAUGAAAGAAAAGAAGCGACAUCUGGCUACUAUGACAUCAGCAAACAAAGCAGUGCCCGUUACUACUACUAUCGCUUCCACUACUGUGACUACUAUUGCUUUACCACUCCGCGGCUUGGAAUGCAGUAGUAAUGCAAUUCCGAAGAGUUGCUCGCAUGAUAAUAAUGCUAUUGUUAGUGAUAAUGCAAACAGCUUUACAGUGGUUAAAGGCAGUAAUAACAUAAAUGGGAAAGUGGAAAGAAGGAAACGGAAUGAGCAGAAGCAACAAAUAAGAAGAAACGAGGAGGAAAAGAUGGCAUUCUCACUGCAAACAGUAAUUAAUGAAGUUGCUAACGAGGCAUGCUAUACAUCACUUUGA